GUGCACUCCCACGUUUCCAUCGCGAGAAAGAGAUCGCAAUUCGAUAUCCGCAGUUAUCGGGUGAACGGUACAUCUUGCGCAAAUUUUUUUUAUCAUAGAUAAAUUCUUACGACUACUUCUCUUGAAAUUUACGAAAGAACAAUUGGCAUAAAAUACCGACCGUGGAGGUGCUUACGAUUGGAAUUUGAUCAAGUGGAAGUGAGAAAUGAGAAUAAAAAAACAAACUCAUUGAAACAAAAAUGUGUUCGUGAUUAUCGAGAACAAGUGGAGAACCUGUCGUCCGAUUUUAACCCAUCUUUUCUUCAUUUUUUAUUUACAACACAUAGUGUGUGAUAUUCCUUCAUAUACAGGUGGACCAAGGACUGUUCAUUGUUAGCUACGAGAAACUAAUGAAAUAAAAAAUUUACCGAUAAUCACUGUGACCGUGAACAACGAGUGAUAUGACCGUGAACAAAUCGUUACAUUUCUACUACUGGAUAGUCUAGGAAUUCUGAAAAUAUUGGUUAUCGUUUCAGCUUCACUUCCUUGAUAAUUCACACCACUUAACCUUGAAAAAAUUGUACACACUGCGGUUGCAAUAAUCUUAACCACUCGUGCAGUUACCGAAACCCCAACGUUAUUGUUCAUCCAACAAGCUCACACGAGAGCCCAAGGGAAUAUUCAAAAAAUAUUUCAAAAAUUCGCUAAAGGAAUCACGCAACAUCGAUGUCGAAGCCUGUCACUAACUGGACCUUCUGGAGGAAGUCAAAGAGGUCGGUGCGUUUGGACGUGCCAGACGAAAAAAACGGAAAACGCAAGCGUAGUGUAGCUGACGGAGAUUUAGCGUUGGAGACAUCAGCGUACAGAGUGACAGAAACUGUCCAAAGGCCAAAACCAACAACGAGCUUGGCAAGAAUUAUGGAAUUUCCAGUAACAAGAAUAGAGGAGCGAGUACCUAAAGAAACACCAAUAACUGAUGAUUACGAAAUAAGUAAUCACGUGCUCGGAUUGGGAAUUAAUGGCAAAGUCGUGGAGUGUUACGACAAGAAUACCAGGGAAAAGUAUGCACUGAAGGUUCUUCAUGAUUGUGUCAAAGCAAGACGAGAGGUCGAACUUCACUGGAGGGCCUCCAACUGCAAACACAUUGUGCAAGUCAAAGAUGUUUACGAAAAUACAUACAGUAGAAACAAAUGUCUUCUUGUUGUUAUGGAAUGUAUGGAAGGAGGCGAACUCUUUCAACGAAUAGAGAAUCGUCAGGAUGGUGCGUUUACAGAACGAGAAGCAGCAGAAAUAAUGUACGAAAUUUGCAUCGCUGUUAAACAUCUUCAUGACAUGAAUAUCGCACACAGAGAUCUUAAGCCUGAAAACCUUCUGUACUCGAGAUUAGAUCACGCAGGGAUAUUAAAAUUAACUGACUUUGGAUUCGCCAAGGAAACACACAUAAAGGAUACACUACAAACUCCCUGCUACACUCCCUAUUAUGUAGCCCCUGAAGUUUUGGGUCCAGAGAAAUACGAUAAAAGCUGUGAUAUUUGGUCACUCGGUGUAAUUAUGUACAUUCUAUUGUGUGGGUUCCCUCCGUUCUACAGUAAUCAUGGCUUGACGAUUUCGCCAGGAAUGAAGAAAAGAAUACGCCUAGGACAAUACGACUUUCCAGCCCCUGAGUGGACUAGUGUCAGUACUGAAGCGAGAGAUUUAAUCAAGAGUAUGCUCUGUACAGAUCCUGCAAAGAGAUUAUCAAUUGAGGAUGUUAUGAAGAACAAAUGGAUUUCGAAAUACACUGAAGUACCUGCAACACCUCUUCACACUGGCCGAGUGUUACGGGAGGGUGAGGAGCUGUGGCCUGAAGUCCAAGAGGAAAUGACACGCUCCCUUGCUACAAUGCGUGUGGAUUAUGAUACAGCAAAUUUGAAACAGCUUGAUCACACCAAUAAUCCACUAUUGAAUAAACGGCGACGUGCUAAACAAGUGGGGACAACAGUUUCACCCACCCCCACCUCCUAGUCAAGACCGUUAGUAAUUUGGAUUUUUCCAAUCUUUGCUUACCGGAUUUUAUCGUUAGAACCAUGGAAAAUCGAGGAAAGGUAUUGACGGAUGAAAACAAUCUUUGAAUCUUUGUCUUAAUGGAUAGAGAACCCAUUGAUGCUGUGUGGAUCUUCAAAAUCGUUAAUAUUUCAAUGAGGUGACGUGGUAAGAGGAGAUGAGCCUAAAUUAAAGUUUCGAUUUAUUUUCAUAGUAUGUGAGGAGGGACAAGAUGUCGAGUUGGUCAAGAAUCCUUCUUUACGAGUAUUUGCUCAAAAAUAGCCACAAUAUGCGCUACAUAUGGAGGUCAAUUUGCCACUGAUCGCCAGGCUCGUACAUCCAGUGCAGUUCGAAUACGCUUCCUUCCGAUGGGUACGAUGAAAAAAAAUUUCUCUGCUGAAAAUAUGUCUAUUCCACUCGAAAAUAUGAAGAUAAUUUCGUGUAAUAAUACGAGAUACGUGCAGGCAACGUAUAGUUUGAUAUAAAUAAAAUAAUUUGUUGUUUCAAUUGUUUUCAAGCGCAAAAAACAGCUCAAACUUCUGUUUCGGGGAAGAUUUUUUUAUUUGCAAUAGAACACAUUGUUAUUGGCCAUAAUACUUUAAUCAUCACUAUUUACUCCUUAUAAUCUGUAUUUAGGUACCAGUAUUUGAUUUUUGAGUGGAAAGCACAAAUUGUAGCGUUGCAGAACAUUUUUUUAAAUAAUUUGGAGACUAGAAAAUGUUGUACAGGCAAAUAUUCAUUUUUCGGCAGAGUUAAUUUUUUUCUCAGUGUAUUACUAAGGCUCCAACAAAGUUUGGUUCCCUGUCAAUUCAAUGAUAAUAACUAAUAUCUAUUACUCGCGCGCUCUUCUCAUCUGGAAGAAAACAAUCCAGAAUAGACAUGAGAAUCUUUUUAAAUUAGAAUAACUAUUUUUUUUGUAAUUAGGAAAGCAGUUUUUGGUAUUAAAAAUUGAAUUUAUAGGAAAGGAGAAAAUAUUCGAAGUAAACCUGGUGUAAGCACGCCCCGUCGCUUGACGUCAUAUAAAAAUUGAAUGAAAAUUUGAGUUGAUAUAAAAAAUUCCAUAUAUUCAGGUCAACUCACAUGUCCCGCAGUGCGGCCAAGUGACCAAUUUAUCACAAUAAGCUGAGCUCCUACAUUUGUGAACUUGCGAGGUUUUAAGAUAUUUGAAAAUUAUUUUGAGUGGAAUUACCUUAGGAAUUUGUAACCAGAAUGCCGAUACUCUUGUGUAAUUUCCACUAUUAUUAUACAUCGGCGAUAAAAUUGAGCAUUUAAUUGAUUAAUUUCUCAACUGCGGGGGCCUAGAGGAAUCAUUUUUACUACGCAGCCAUUUCCCAACAAUGUCUACUGAUUGGUUCUCUUUGUAUAGAUAGCAUCGUCUGUCAAUUUUCCACAUAUUGUUGAAGAGAAUAGAAGGCUAGGGUGCAUUGUAUACCAAUACGAUAACUUUUCAUCUAUUAGAAAUCAAUGAAUUCAUAUGCUAUGCAUUUCCUACCUUUGGUCCCAAAAGGCCCUUGUAUGUGAGGACUUAAUAGUAGCACAUUAAAGUGGAGAAAAAAGUUGAUAGACACAACAAAUUGUUCUAAUUUUCAUUCACGAAUUUUCAAUUUGUCAGGCACUUUUCCACAUUUAAUUAAAAAUUCCCCGAAAGAGGCGUCUGCAUGGGAUUUAAAACAAAACGUUAAACGAGAACGUAAAAUUGCACUCCAGUAAGCAUUAAAAAAAUCGAACAAAUAGAGUAGUAUUAAAUGAAUAGCCUUAUAAUGUGAUACCCUCAAGGUUUCAAAAAUGUACUUCAACAUCCAUCGAUUAUUGAUGAAUUUUUAUUUUCAUACAUCACUAUCACUCCACACUCGUACCGUCCAGCUGUCAUACGAGUGAUAUGGUAUUUAUGCCAGACUUGGUAAGAAAUUAAAUCAAUUGAUUUGUCUACCAUUGUCAACGUUGAAACUACUUCAGUAGUGAGUAAUUGUGACUUAUAUUUCCGUAUCAAGUCAUUUAGUGCGAGAUAAUCGAUUAAUGAAUUAAAUUUUAGUUUGAGUUUAGUUUGAUUUCAUCAGUUUGGCUGAGUUAUUCAAAUCAUAUUGACAAUCUGAUUGAGCAAAUUCAAUGUAAUUGUAAUGCAUUUAUGCUAAUGUUGUAAUUAUAAUGCUAAAAAUAUCGACAGAUGUAUUGAUUUUAAUUAAAGAAGGGAAAAUGCGAAUGUUGAGAGGAAAACAGA